UGCUAUGAUCUUUGCACAGGAAUUGUAAAUGUUGUUGCAUUGACGGCGAGUGGUGUGUGAAUGUUGAAUUUUGAAGUGUGUUAUUAUAAACUGUUUAUUGAUAGCCUUAGCCUUAGGAGAUCACCUUCGGCAUGAUGUUUAAGAGAAAGCUUGCAGCUCUUGAGUAUCCAGUCAAGGAUUUUAACGUCAAUGAUGAAAGAGAGUGUCGGAGCCUGAUCCUGUGGCUGGAGGAUCAGAAAAUAAGACAUUACAAAAUAGAAGAUAGAAAGGGACUGAGAGAUGUGGACUCUCCAGAGUGGAACAAUUCCUUCUGUCAAUACUUGCAUGAUUUAGCAUGUCCAGUUCAGAGUGAAAAAAUGACAGAACAACUUGAAUGGCUGCUGAGCUUCUCUGUUAGAGUUGAAUAUGCUGACAAUGUUGACAAGUACAAGAAUCAAACUGCAGAAAAGGUUAAAAAGCCAGAACUCAGUGCUCCAAAAGUAAUAUCUUCAAAUCCCCUGGAUAACUUGGAUUUUGAAAGUCCGGACUUUAAAAAGGGUGUGAAUGCCUUAGCCCAAUUGCUGAAUGUUACUGCUCACCCGGACCACCUUAUAACACUAAAAGCUAUCAGUAAAGUUGUUUGUCAGCGACUGUCUGCAGAUGCAUUGGAAAAUCCACAGAGUGUAAUAGUAAAGGGAAAGCCAUUCCCAUUUCAAGAAGCUGAUCUUGGUUUUGACUUAGGAGAUUACGUACUGAACCAGGCUGCAAAAAUUUUGAGAUUACUAUACAUACAUGAUGUAAGAGAUCUUCAGACCAAAAUUAAUGAAUGUAUUGUUGCUGUACAGAGUAUUACUGCUAAUCCAAAGACUGACACCAAACUUGGAAAAGUUGGAAAAUAAUGUAAUUAAAUUCUUUUGUUUACAUUGUGUUUAUUCUUUGAUAUUAGAUAAAAUAAAUGUUACAGCAUAGUUCCGCA